AUGGUCAAAGUUGCAGUUGCAGGCGGAACUGGCGGGGAUAAUUCGGAAUUUGCUGCGAAGAACAAUGUGGAAGUCAUUAAAAUCGACUAUUCUGAUGUCUCAUCUAUAUCAAAAGUUCUUGAUGAGCACAAAAUCCACACUGUGAUCUCCGCACUCUGUAUUGUUUCUCAGGAACAUAGCGAUGCUCAAGUAAACCUGGUUCAUGCCGCUGCCGCCUCUAGUUCCGUCAAGAGGUUUGUACCUAGUGAAUAUGGAAGUAAUUACGAGGAGAAGCACGCCUUAACACGUCCAACUACCGCUCUCAAAGCAAUUGCCAUUACAGAACUUGCCAAGACACAUCUCGAAUACACUUCAUUUGUCAAUGGCUUGUUUUUGGAUUACUUAAGCAUGCCGGCAAUACCUUCUCACCUCGCUGCUGGUAUCAGCUUCUUUGAUAUCCCUAAUAAAGUGGCGGUACCACUAGGUACUGGUAAAGUACCCCUCGUUAUGACACAUACUAGAGACGUAGCUCGCUUCGUAGUCGCCAGUCUUUCGUUAGAAAAGUGGGAAAAGAGGAGUUAUAUGGUUGGAGAUCGUAAAUCCUGGCAUGAAUUGGUGGAAAUACUGGGAAAAGUUGCUGGUGAGAAAUUUACAAUCGUAGAUGAUCCAUCCUCCAUUAUUGCUGGACAGGUCAUCGAGGCGCCAGCCCACCGGGCGGCAUACUCUGCCUCGUUGAAAGAGCAUGGAGAUUGGUUCGAAGCGGGCGCAUUCAGCUUCGAUGUCAAGGUUCCUAACUCUAUUUAUCUUAACGAGCUGUUUCCAGAAAUAGUGCCUCUAUCAAUAGAGGAUGCUAUGCGGGCUCAAGUACAGUUUACCAGGGAAAAAACAUCAUCGUGA